AGAGAGCUGUUGUGAAUCCUUGGUUGCUGAGCAAACCCCCCAAAAAAUGAUGAAGGAUCAACUUGAACAUGCCAUGAGCAUUGUCGCAAGCAUAACGGCAAACUUGCCACACAUAAACUUCCAGACGAGUGCAACUCUUUGUAAAGUACAAGAAGUAGACGACAGAUUAUAAGAAGUGCACAAAACACUACAAGUGGGCAACAGUUUGAAGAAGGAAAGCCUGUGGGUUUUCUCCGAGUCUUCUUCCACCCUAUCAAUAUGUACCUCAAAUACAACAGGUGACAGGAGGGAUUGACGAGGACACAGGGGGCUGGGAGGAGUGCUGAGGAGGCUUAAAUGAGUGUCUAGUAGUGUUUUCCCAGCAUUUGAGAAACGUGAGGGUUGCUAUGUGCGCAUGCCUUUAACAAAUAUACUUGUGUCGAAUCAAAGUCAGUGUCCGGCGACAUACCGUUGACAGAUCUGCAUUUAUAAUGGAACGAAACGAGAAUGAAAUUCGUCUAUAUUCGUGCGUUAAAUGUAGGUACUUUUUCUUUUUCCUUGAGAAAUCUGUUGCACCAUUUACGAGUAUGGCAUACCUGCGCGUAUUAUUCCUACACAUGUAUAUGCUGAGGGGCAAACGUUUCAGGAUCGGAAAACAUUUUUGCUGCAUUUGAAGAAAAGACUUGGUACAAACCCGCGCGGUUUAUGAUGAUACUAUAAAAUCAAGUGUCAUGAAGUUUUCAACCUCAGUGAGUGUUUGAAUGACAAGUAGUCAAGUCGUACAUUAGUGGAAAAAAUGGAUCUAUUGGAUACACGAAAAUAUAAGAUGAGGAGAAAAUUGAAAAUCAGUGCCUCUCGAAACAGACAUGAGCCUCUCUCUAAAAUGUAUAUACGGAUGGUUCUCCCGGCUGAACAGACGACAGCUAUCGCCAAAAGCAUGCUUGACCGUCAGUCGAAACCUAAAGGGACUUGGAUUGACUUGGAAUUACAAAGAAUGAAAGAAGCCAGCAAAAAACGAAAAGGCAAAGUGCUCAGUGCGGGUGUUAUCGGUAAUAAGGGCAACAAGAAACAUAGAAAGGUGGCACCAUCUAGACAGAAAACGCCGAGACAAACUUCAGAAAAGUCCGAAAACAUCGUUACCAUCGGGCAGGUAUAAAGCUGAAUGUUUCACUCACACCUCCUCAUUAGCGCUUAAGGAUUUUGUUGCGAUGCACCAGUGUGAUAUUUGUUUUGGAAGACGAUAUAAUAUGUUGCGACAUAAAAGGUCUGCGCAUUCAAACGAAGAUUCGGAUGAAGACGCUAUGUCUGACGUUACUGACCAAGAGGAUAUUUUUGGAUCUGUUGAUGAAAACGAGUCUGAUAACAGCGACGACGACAUGUCUGUAACCUCGGAGAACUCUUCGGGUAUUGAUCCUUGGCAAGAGGUUGUCGAUGAGGCUUUUCAAGAGUGUCAAUCGCAGUAUGAGGAGGAAGUGCGUGAACUUAUGGAGGAUGAUACCGACCUUAGUGAAAGCGAAGCCAAGAAGGAUGUCUUUGAGGAUAUGCGAAGUACUUACAGAAAGGCCCUGAUGAAUAGUUUGGGGUCAAAGCUGAUGUGGUUUGACUCUAUCAAGCGAGAUACCAUCUAUAAGACCAUAAAGAAAACAGUUAAUCAACUUAAAGAAACAGAGGACUACGACGAACAGGAAGCCGUAAAGUACGCCAUCCUUAAGCGGAGAUUUCUGUUCGAUAAGGUCUUGGACAGUUACGACGUUCCUCAGUUGGAUGCAGAGCAAGAGGAAGAAACAAAACAGUGAAAAUCAUUCAAAGAUACUUUAAUUCGUUCGGACUAGAGUGCUUUGGGAAAUUAUUUGUUUUCAAUCCUUACACAAUGCAGAAUACAGACGCCAUUUAAUUCCAUAACACAAUUGUAUCUGAAAGUUUUGCAAAACGUACUUGUUUUGAAGUAAAAUAAAUGUCUUUAAUGAUGUAAAAUAAAAUGUCUAAUAAUACGAAACGGAGUUGUUCUUGUGUGUUUUAGUUGUAGUUUUAUUUAUGUUUUAAGCGUUUUCCAUAUAUAAACAAGA